GGCUUCAGCAAGAUGGCUGCAGUUCUUCGAGCAAAUCAGGAGUGCAGGCUGUAAGCCAGCGGUCCACAUCACUACAGCAGCGCUUAUUCCGUCUGCGUGUGUAGUGCGUGUAGUGUGUGUGUGCGUGCGUGUGUGUUUAUGUGUGUAUGUGAGCCGCCGCCAGUGGACCGAGCGGGUCACUUCUGACAAGUGAGAUGGUGAGAUGGUGAGAGGGGGGAGGGAGUGAGGCCAUGGGCUGCACCUCGGCUAAGCAGGUGUCGGCUGUGCCCAACGACGAAGAGGGCCGGGGCAAAGCCUACAGCAACGGAGACCUCUUCACCGAUGAAUAUAAGAUGAAGGGAGUGGAGGAGGUGAAGUACAUGCGUGGAGAAGAAGACAGAGUAAACGCACGCAACCAGGAGAACCUGGAGAAGAGCUCGACGCAGCACAGGACCAAACAGCACAAAGAGGUGCCUGGGCCCAGCGCCAACAAGACGAACAUACAUACGUCAGAGAGUCAGCAGGAGUUCUUCAGAAUGCUGGAUGAGAAGAUUGAGAAGGGGCGGGAUUACUGCUCGGAGGAGGAGGAGGAGGAUGUGACAUAGCAGAGAGGCGCCAGAUCUUGCCAGAGAUGGAAAUAGAGAGUGUGAACUCAAAAAAAAAAAAAAAUCAGUGUUUCCUAUGUCUGUAACACUCUGUCGGUCUGAGAGCGAGUGUGCGUGCGAGUGCGUGAGAGUGUAUGAUUGUGAGAGAGAGAGAGAAUGCAGGACUUUUCCUCAUAGGCUGUUGCACCCUUGACCCCUUCUCCUCUCUUGGGGUUGCCUUGCUGGGAGAUCUAGAUGGUUUUGGGUGAAGAAAGAACAGCUUGAUUGAUGUAUUAUCAACACGGACUCACUCUGACGUGAAAUGAGGACCCCCGUCCCCCUCCACUCCUCCUAUGGCCAGCAAUGAAACGGCCCCCUCGCUCCGCCUGGCUGUGACGAAGCCAUCUGAGAGAGAGAAGGAGAGAUUAUGUCGAGGAAAGCGAGAUGAAAGGAUACGGAGAGAGAAAAAGAUGACAUGCCCCUCCCAGUCCUCGUUUUAAGUGGCAGGACAGAGAAAAAACUGACAUAUGGAGGAACCAGAAGAGAGCUUACGAACAUCCUCUGGAGAUAACGGGGAGUGAAUGUAAAGAUGGAGUGUUGUGUGUUUUUGGGGGAGAAAUUAUUGAACAAGAAAGAUAUUUUAUUAAGAGCGACUAUAUGAACGAACUGGCUGAUUAUUUUGAUAAGAGCGUUGCGGCAAGUUUUUGAACAUUUGAGUUUGGACUCCUGCCUUUUGAAGGACCUUUUUUAAUUUCCUCAAGAUUGAUUUGUUUGUUCCAUAAAUGUUUUUUUUUUUUUUUUUUUCGCUUGUUGCUUAGAUCAUACCUCUUCAAGCUUGUGCUGUAAAGGUCAGGGCUGUACGGUGACCCCAUAACACACUCGCUCACACACACGGAAAGUCUUAAAGCUAAAAUUAUCACCACACCCUCUUUCCACACACAGGUUCACACUUUCAUUUUGUAUAUCCUGCUAUUAUUAUUAUAUAAAGUUCUAAGAAAAUAGACGGAAAUACUGUCAGACUAGUUACCCCCACACACAUCCAAAUAUAUACCCGGCAAAACCGGCAACAUUUAACUUAAAGAUCCAUAUUGACCGUUUAUGCUGCCCUUUAAUACAGGUAAUGGACUGUGAAGAGACUAUGGCAGAUAACUGGGGUUGUCUGUGUUGUGUCGAGGGCUGUAUUUGUGUUAAUCUGUGUCAGAGAACCAGGUCUUACUGUGUUAAUCUUUGUCAAAGGGAUGAGGUGUUUGUCUUAGGCCUGUAUGUGUUUAGCUAGUGUUUACCUAUGUUUCCCACCCUGCCUUUCUUACUCAGACGUAUUCAGUGUUGGCUUAAAUUAAUUAUCUUUGUCUCUUAUCAUUCAUAGACCUAUUCUAGACCUUAGUAGUAUGAGGUGGGGUGGGGUCACUUUUUUGAGGGGGACAGCGCUGGCCGAGCAUUUGUCAUUAUGAUUACUGGAUUGAUUCCUUUUUCAUUUUUAUUUUCAAUGUUUUCUUUUUCUAUUAAAAUAUAAGACACAGGAGCUGUGGUUUCUGUGUGCUGUCUCACCGA